ACACCUCAUUGGGUCCUUUCUCGCUGCCUUCGUGAGCGGGAGGCUGUCCUUACCGCCUCCGGGCCGAGACGGCCAGGGUUCCGCCUGUUCACCGAUACAUGAUUUUCUGCCGUUUCUUGGCAAAAAUGGCAACCAGUGAUGCUGUUCUCAAGAGACUGGAACAGAAGGGUGCCGAGGCAGAUCAAAUUAUUGAAUAUCUUAAGCAGCAAGUUGCUCUUCUUAAGGAGAAAGCAAUUUUGCAGGCCACUUUGAGAGAAGAGAAGAAACUUCGAGUUGAAAAUGCUAAAUUGAAGAAAGAAAUUGACGAAUUGAAACAAGAGCUAAUUAAGGCAGAAAUUCAAAAUGGAGUAAAACAGAUACCAUUCCCAUCUGGUAUUCCACUGCAAGCUGAUUCUGCGGUUUCUGAAAAUGUGAUACAGUCUAUACCAAUAACAGCCAUAUCUUCUGGUGCCAAAGAGCAGAUAAAAGGAGGAGGAGGAGAAGAAGAAAAGAUGAAAGAGAAAAUUGAAAAGAAAGGAGAGAAAAAGGAGAAAAAACAACAACCAAUAGGAGGAAGUGCUGACUCUAAGCCUGUUGAUGUAUCCCGUCUGGAUCUUCGAAUUGGUUGUAUCAUCACUGCCAGAAAACACCCUGAUGCAGAUUCUUUGUAUGUAGAAGAGGUAGACAUUGGAGAAACAGCCUUAAGAACAGUUGUCAGUGGCCUGGUGAAUCAUGUUCCUCUUGAACAGAUGCAAAAUCGGAUGGUGAUUUUACUUUGUAACCUGAAACCUGCAAAGAUGAGGGGAGUAGUAUCUCAGGCAAUGGUGAUGUGUGCUAGUUCACCAGAGAAGGUUGAAAUCUUGGCACCUCCUAAUGGGUCUGUUCCUGGAGACAGAAUUACCUUUGAUGCUUUCCCUGGAGAGCCUGACACGGAGCUGAAUCCUAAGAAGAAGAUUUGGGAGCAGAUCCAGCCUGAUCUUUACACUAAUGAUGAGUGUGUGGCUACAUACAAAGGAGCCCCCUUUGAGGUGAAAGGGAAGGGAGUCUGUAGGGCUCAAACUAUGGCCAACAGUGGAAUAAAAUAAAAUAAAACACUUCAGUUACUGAAAUACAUUAGAGAAAACUUAACAAUAAAAAGAAAUAUAUUUGUCACUUGUACCUAAAAUA